AUGCGGGCAAAACGAAGCCUCCAACGGGAACUACUCCCCCCCCUGGAAACCCUGACAAGCAAGCGGCGGGCGGCGGAGAGAUCCGCGCUCACAGCAGUGCUCUCACCGUACAUAAACGCCGACAGAGAGCGGAGCAGGAGCGUCGGCAUCCAAUCUCCGACAAAGCGGGAAGUCAAUCAGCUCUACCGCCUUCUGCUGCGGGCGGCACGGGUGAAAGAUGGCGGAGAAUGGGCGGGCAGCACGACCGAGCUCGUCAGGGCAGAGUUCCGUGCACAGGCGGAGUCCGUCGGGCGAACUGACUUCCGCACCAUCGAGCACCUCCUGCGCGCCGGAAACAAGAAACUCAAGCUCUUGAAAAUGCCCGGCGUCAAGGCGGCGGCGGGCAUCACGGUGGCGCGCCGAUGA